AUGGAACAAGAAGAAGCAAACGAAAUCCCAAGCGAAGCUGUGUUUCCCAAAACUAGGGGAUUCGAUCUCUCAAAGAAAGAAGAAGAAGCAAAGGAAAUGUCGGAUUUUCUCCCAAGCGAAGUGCUGGUCGAUAUCCUCAUCAGACUCCCUGUGAAGUCACUGGUGAGGCUCAGGUGCGUUUGCAAGGACUGGUGUUCUCUAAUCUCCAGCAACACCUUCAUCACCACCCACACCCACACCAACCGCCAUGACAACAAUAACAGCCGCGGCCUACUUCUCUUUCGGUACGCAAAAACGAUUCUCGUUAAUAUUGUAAUAUCUAGACAAUACGAGAACUUUAGUCUGCGCACUGAUGAUGGAUCAUUUGGUAAUAACAAUAACUUCAUCCAAUUGAAUUGCCCACUUAAACCACCUGCUUCUUGUUCUUGUUAUUAUUUUACCAACAUAGUGGGUUCGUGGAAUGGGCUAUUCUGCUUUGCUUUCAGUGAUCAUUAUCGCAGAAAUGGCUAUGGCUAUACUCUAUGGAACCCUUCCAUUCAUAGGGCUCUAAGCCUUCCAGAGCCUAACUUCAACUUCUCAUCACACGGCCGCUUCAAGCAUUCCCAUGGAUUCGGCCUUGAUCCCUCUAGCAAUGAUAUGAAGCUGGUCAGACUUGUAUAUCUUGAUGGGCAUGAGUAUUACUACAAGGUCAAGGUUCCACCGCUGGUCGAAAUCUAUACGCUUAACACUGGCUGCUGGCGAGCCAUUGCUGCCCCUGCUCCAUCAUAUAUUGUCAAUGAGCGUUGCUUAUCCGUUUUUGUCAAUGGGGCAUCCCACUGGGUCGCGCAUACUCCACCAGAAGAGGGCACUUUUCGCAAUGUGAUAGUGGCGUUUGAUAUGGUUGAUGAAGUUUUUCAUGAGAUUGCAGUGCCCGACCGCUUUGUUGGGAAGUUGUAUUUGAAUAUGACUGUUGCGGUCCUUGACGGAUUACUUUGUCUUGUCCCCUUUAAUGAACGAAAGGAGGAACAGUCGUUUUCUAUAUGGAUCAUGAAAGAGUAUGGAAUUGGAGAAUCUUGGACUAAGCUAUUCAACAUUCAUAUCAGUCAAGGAUUAAAGAGGGUGGUAGCCUUCAGGAAAAAUGGUGAAGUUCUAGUUACUGACAGAAAAGGGGAGCUUCUUUCGUAUGAACCACAUAUCAAACGAGCAACUCAGCUGGGAUUUUUAUCUGUGCCCGGAGAAUCGGAAACUGGAACUAGGUAUUGUGAGGACUGGUUUUAUUUGGAUAAAUACACAGAGAGCCUCGUUCUACUAAAUGCAAAAAAUGGAGUCUCAGGAAGAUAACAUAAGGUAUUCUCCUCAAGGAAGUCAAUUCCACCAUCGUCACUCUUGUUCCUAAGAAAAGGAACCCGUCUGUCAUGGGUGACUACAGACCUAUUUCCUGUUGCAAUCUUGUCUACAAGACUAUCACAAAGAUUCUUGCUAAUCGGUUGCUACUGGGGCUUCCUGAUAUAAUUAGCAAUAACCAAGGGGCCUUCAUCCCGAAGAAAAGCAUUGCAGAAAACAUUCUGCUAGCCCAGGAAAUUGUGCAUGAUUAUCAUAAAAGUAAGGGGACCUCUAGAUGUGCUUUGAAGAUAGAUCUAAUGAAAGCUUAUGACUCAGUAAGUUGGGAUUUUAUCCUCCACUGUUUGGUGUGUUUUGGUGCCCCAAAAAAGUAUGUUUCUUGGGUUAGAGCUUGUAUUACUGGCCCUUAUUUUUCAGUAGCUCUUAAUGGUACUUUAGUGGAUUAUAAUAAAGGCAAGAAAGGGUUAAAACAUGGUGACCCGAUCUCACCUUACCUUUUUGUGCUUGCCAUGGAAAUAUUGUCCAAGCUACUUAUGGAAGCUUCUUCUAAUCCUGAGAGGUUCAGAUUUCAUCCUAAAUGCAGCAAGCUAAGAUUAAUUCAUCUGUGCUUUGCAGAUGAUUUACUCAUAUUUUUUAAAGCUGAUAUGGGGUCUAUUCAAACUAUCCAAGAUGUGCUUGCUGAAUUUGAAGUUUUAUCCGGCCUCAAAGCUAACCCUGCCAAAAGUGCUUUCUUUUGUGCUGGAAUUCAUAGAGAUGAUAAGUUAGCUUUCUUAGAAGUCCUGAAGAUGCUUGAGGGGUCUUUGCCGGUCCGAUAUUUGGGAGUUCCACUGAUUACUAGAAGACUCUCGGCUGUGGACUGUGAAGUUUUGGUAGCUAAGAUUGCGGGUCGUAUUGAUUCUUGGUUAAUGCGGCAUCUGUCUUUUGCAGGAAGGCUUCAGCUAAUCUCUUCUAUCCUCUUUAGCCUUCAAAUUUUUUGGGCUAGAGUGUUCAUUCUCCCUAAGAAAGUGAUCCGGAUUAUUGAACAGAAAAUUAACAGAUUUUUGUGGAAUGGGAAGGAUACCAAAGCUAAAGCUAAAGUUGCUUGGGACAAAGUCUGCUUUCCAAAGUCUGAGGGAGGUCUUGGACUUAGGAAGCUUGAUGUUUGGAAUUGUGCUACCAUGCUUAACCAUAUAUGAAACCUAUUUUCUCAAGCCGGUUCUUUAUGGGUUGCAUGGGUCGAGCAAAACUGGUUGAAGGGGAGGAGUUUCUGGCAUAUUCCUCUACUUAAGGUUUGUUCUUGGGGUUGAAAAAAGAUUUUCAAGCUCCGGGAUGUAGCUAAGGAUUUUCUUAGCUUUAAAGUUGGGAAAGGUCAUGAUAUAUCUCUCUGGUUUGAUGCUUGGCACCCGGCUGGUAGGCUUGUUGAUAUCUAUGGAUUUCGGAUAGUUUAUGAUUCCGGGAUUGGCAUUGAUGCUAAGCUGUCUACUGUUCUAAAAAAUGGAAAUUGGAUUUGGCCCCCUGCUUGUUCGGAAGCUUUGGUUCAUAUUCAGAGUCAACUUCCAGCUAUUGCGAUUGGUGAAGCUGAUAUUCCUGUGUGGAAAUCUAGAAGGAGAACUUACUCAUGUUCGGAGACUUGGAAUUCUCUUCGGACUAAAGCCCCUGAGGUUCCUUGGUGGUAGGUUGUGUGGUUUCCGUUGGCCAUUCCUUGACAUGCUUUCAUGUUAUGGCUUGUUUGUAGGAAUGCUCUUACCAUCAAAGAACGUAUGUGUGGCUAGGGAUUUACUGGAAAUCCUUUAUGUCGGUUCUGUUAUGGGUGCUUGGAAUCGAUUGAUCAUUUGUUCUUCCAAUGUAGUUUAUGUGGAAGAGUUUGGCGUCAUUUGAUGGAUGCUUAUUGUGUUUCUAACCCUUGUGUGUACUGGGAUGAUAUUUUGGUCUGGAGCUGCAGGUUGAAGGGUAAAAGUCUGCAAAAUAUACUAUGUAAACUUUGUUUGGCAGCAGCUAUAUACCAUUUAUGGAAGUUGAGGAAUGACCUUUGUUAUGGUAAUACUCUUUUGACUGAAGAAGCUCUUGUUGCUCGGAUUAAAGGGGAUGUUAAAAAUUGGGUCUUGUCUAGUAGGAAGCUGAAGAAUCUCUCGGGUAGCCUAUCACAGCAGUGGUGUUUGUAAAAAUGUUGUUUUGGUUCUGGUUUUAGUUGUUCUUUGGGUUUUGGCUGUGCAGUAUUUUGUUUGGUCGCUAGUUUGAUGUGUAGAGAGUUUGUUCUCUUGUUUGUAAGGUGUAUCCAGUGUUUACUGGAGUGACGUUUUCUGUUGUGUUUGGUUUAUAAAGGCAUUGAUUCAUAAAAAAAAAAAGAAA